AUGCAGGUACAUCGCGCUGAAUGUGAUACACAAUCACUGACCGCCAGUGUAACUGAUUACCCCGUGGAGAAUGGAAGACGGUAUCAUAGAUACCAUGAGGGAGCCUACUUAUAUCCCAAUGACGAACAAGAGCUCGAUCGUCUAGACAUGCAACACCACAUGUUCAAAUUGGUCAUGGAUGACAGAUUAUUCCAUGUCCCACUCAUAAACCCCAAAAGAAUCCUCGACAUCGGCACCGGAUCAGGGAUAUGGCCAAUAGAAAUGGCAUCCUUGUUUCCAAACACCGAGAUUAUAGGCACAGAUCUCUCCCCUGUACAACCGACAGAAGUUCCGCCAAACGUGCAUUUUCUAGUCGAUGAUGCCACCGAAGAAGAGUGGCUAUGGGAUACCAACCACUUUGAUUUUAUUCACAUCGGCCACAUGACGGGGGCAAUGCCAUCCUUCAAACGCAUUCUGCGACAAGCAUUCAAACACCUCAAGCCAGGCGCUUAUUUGGAAUGUCACGAACUAGACCCCAAACCAAGAUGUGACGAUAAAACCAUGCCUCCUGAAAACACGGACGGAGGGUUUAGUGCAUUCGCUUUGCAUGAUUGGAUUGAUCUGAACAUGAGAUCAAGUCGCGAUGCUGAACCACCUCGACAAUUCCGAAUCGCACACAGGAUCGAGCAAUGGAUGAUGGAUAUAGGAUUUGUUGAUGUUGAAGCAAGAGUAUCAAAAGUUCCUACGAAUACUUGGCCAACGGACGACAAACUUCGGACCAUCGGUGCCUGGAAUGAGAGCAAUUGGCUUGAAGCCCUGUCUGGGUGGUCAUAUAAGCCAUUCCUUGCUCUGGGGUGGUCAAAGCCUGAGAUCGAGGUCUUUCUUGUCGAUGUGAGGAAAAGUCUCCAAGAUCGAAAUGUUCAUGCCUACAUGGACUUCUAUGUGGUGACAGGGAGAAAACCCUAUCCCAAUGAAGGGAGAACACCUUGA